UGUAUUUCAGGGAUUUAACAGAAAUAAUCUUACCUGUUCUGUAGUUAACAAGUCUAUUGGAAGGGCGCCUGUCGACAUUGUGUUAGUAUAAACUGAAGUGUAAACAGGCGGGAAAGCAUCUGUAUCUGGGACAAGUUCUACAGCAGACCGUUGUCCGACUGUUUCUGGCUGUCCGACUGUGAAUGCGGGGUCACGAGCGUGGAGUAUGCAGUCUGGCUUGUUCAAGACAGAGGCAAACAUGAGCCCCAUACGUCGAUGGGCGGUCACCCAGUUAAACACACCCGACUUGAUGUCCCGCUAUCCUUGCGGUGACUCCAACAAGCGAAUCCACACAAGUGUUUCUACGGUAGCCAAUAGGACAGAGAAACCCGAGGAAGAACCCAGAGAAAGACUACCCGGGAAACAUUCCAGGGACGGGCUUUCCGCUUCAGAGAGCGCCGGAAGUACGGAUAGCGAGGGGACGAAAUGUCUUGGGGAUAUCGGCAGACCGGAGACGAUGAAGAGCAGGAGGGGACAACUUGGUGGAAGCCGCAGGAAGUGCUAGCUGUCGUGGAAGAGGAUGCUUCGGAGGACGAGUGGGACGAAAAGAUCAAAGAAGAGAAAACGACUGACACGGUCCAGCGAUGGAGGUUCGAUGAAAACGACCAAGACGACGACUAUGGCACCGACAAUGAAAGUUUGAGGUCGGACCACUCAGAAGACAGUGGGCUACACGGCUGGAGGCUCAAAGCGCAGGAGAUUGGGAGGGGCUUGAACAGUGAAGAUGCUUGGACGGUGAAGACUGACCUCCCAACCCACGAUGUGACAAAGACCUGGGGGCUCAACCCCUUUGCAGCCGAAAGUGAUGUUAGAUGGAAGGAUCCCAGCCCGAGAUGCUCUGACCAACCCUUUGGAAAUGCCGGCGAUCCUUGGGUGGCUUACCCAGAGGCAACAUACGACGACAAAACAAGCAGAUCCAGCUCCGAGGAAGAAAGGAAGGGAUAUGAGCGGGGGUCGAGAUGGGAACCUCAGCAGGUCGACGUGGUAGAUGACAAGGGAGAGCAGCGGAGGCGCAUGGAUGCGUGGGUGUCGAGCAUCCACACCUACUGCAGCAGCACCAGCGACAGCUUCGAUUUUCCGCCACUUUCUUUUCAAGAUAAUUUUCCUCAACGGCGAGAGCAGGAUGCAGACGAGAGAACAUUUUAUGGAUUUCCUCACCAGGACCUGGAGUGUGAAGAACACGAGGUGCAGAUGGUCCUCAACGACAAGGACGAACGGUUUGGAUUUUCUGUCAUCGGUGGAUACGACGAGGGUAUCAUACCCCGAGUAAAUGAAAUCACUCUCAGCUCACCGGCAGACCGCGCCGAGCUGGAGGUGGGAGACGAGAUUGUGGAGGUGAACGGCAAGAGGGUGGAACAUUGUUCUCACGCCGAGAUCAUCGCCCACAUCCAUCAGUGCAUUCGUUCCAAGGCCGUUCGCCUUCGAGUUAAAAGACUUAAGGACGGCGAGAAAGUGCCUGAAAUAGCCAAAGUUCAUGAUGCAUACAUCAUUGCUGUUGAAGAGAAUGCACGGAAGAAAUUGGAGGACUUGUCUAUCAAUCACAAGGUGGUGCCAGUUGAUAUGACCAGACCCCCUUCAUACAGAGAAGAAGGUGUAACAUCUUUUCGUGCAGAACCUUGCGAGAGCAAAAAGAAAGAGACGCUUGUGCAGCAGGUAGAACAGGAAGAAGAGAUUCAUUUGGUGGAUCCAAUCCCUGAGAACUCCUUGUCAAUGCCUGUAGCAGAAAAACAGCGCAAGGCCAUUCCUUGGGGGAGCAGUGGUGGUAGUGUCAAUGGUAGCAUUGAAGGAAUGGAAAUGAAUGGAGUCAUGGAAAAGGAGGGCCCACGUAAGGGCAAGGGAGGAAAGGGCAAAAAAGAAGGCAGAGUGAACAAAGCUCACAGCAAUCCAGACACCCUGCUGAUUGAGGAUUUGGUGGGGCGGGGAAAACUUUCAUCCAAUGGGAAGGCCUCAAGCCAUGACUCUCUGAACCACUCCUCCCACGAGGUCAUCCUGUAUGGUCCCGACUCCAACACCGACUUCCAGCAUAGUGGCCAGAACUCUUUUGAAUACAGUGACAGCGGUCCUCAUAGAGAGAUGGCCAUUGACUGCCCAGACAGUUUUAUUGGUGCUAUCAAGACACCUCCAAAGUACCCCCCACCUUCACAGACUUCUUCCAAUACUGCUGUCCCAUCCAGUGGUCCCCGUGUUCCCCCCACCACUCCUAACAAAAUGUCGGACUCUAUGAAAGACAAAACAAAGACAGACAACACACUGUCAGAUGCUGCUGCUUUGGUGACAGGCUCCCAACACAAACCCACUGUUGAACAACUGGAGCGUCUUCGCAAGCACCAGGAGGACCUGCGCAAGCGACGUGAGGAAGAGAGCCGGCAGCAGCAAGAACAAGAAUUCUUGCGCGUGUCUCUUAGAGGAUCCAAGAAGUUGCAGGCUCUAGAGAACCGUAAGAUGGCACCAGACACACAGGCACCACCCACAGGCUUUGUCAACACAGCCUACGUUGAUGCAGAGGAUGACUACGAGGCAGCAGAUGAUGUUGAUGGUGUACCAUUGUCCCAAGUGCAGCCCAGGGAGCGUUACCUAAAGAAGAAUGCAGGUAUAGAAGAUCUUUUGUCAACCCUGCAUCACAUCCGCAACCGUCUCAACACUGGUGACAACACCAGUAGCUCCGCGGGCGGCCAUCAAGUUACAUUUCUCAAGACCCUUUUCCACAAUCCUCAGUUUCAACAAGCAGUGAUCAUGCAUCAGAAGAUGGUCGAUAUUACCUCUCGAUCCCCUCAUCCCCGCCCCGUGAGGACUGAUGCUCGUGAACUGUUCAUGGAAGUGCGUUCAGCAUCUCCUUCAAAAAGCAAUGAACCAGCCAUGAAGGAGCUGAUCCAGCUUUUGAGCAAGCCACACAUGAAGAACCUGUUGAAGGCCCAUGAUGAAGUGGCCGAGCGAGAGAGCCAGCCCAUCUUGCACAGCCAGGACAGUGAGCUGGACUACCCACUCCUGCAACAUGGCGAAGACAGUGUGAAGAUCAUUCAUCUGGAGAAAACCAACGAGCACUUGGGAGCCACUGUAAAAAAUGAAGGAGACUCUGUUAUUGUGGCACGCAUUGUCACAGGAGGUGCUGCAGAAAAAAGUGGGCUGCUACAUGAAGGAGAUGAGAUCCUGGAAGUCAAUGGAAUAGACAUGCGUGGCAAGAAUGUCAAUGAAGUGUCUGAAAUUUUGGCAAACAUGUCAGGAACUAUCACUUUUAUGAUCAUUCCUGGGCAUUGUUGUGUGGAACCACCACCCUCAUCUUCUGACGCAGUUAUGCACUUACGUGCAAUGUUUAACUAUGAUCCUGAGGAAGAUCCCUAUAUUCCUUGCCGAGAACUAGGGAUCUCAUUUCUAAAAGGGGACAUACUGCAUGCCAUCCAGCUCUCUGACCUUAACUGGUGGCAGGCCCACCGUGAGGGUGAAGAGGAGCAGCAUUCAUUGGCUGGCCUCAUUCCCAGUCGCUCUUUCCAGGAACAACGGGAGACUGUGCGUCGACAGCUGCAGGCAGAGAGUAAAGAGAAUAAAAAGCGCAAUCGAGUCUGUGCAUGUGGAAGGAAAGAGAGAAAAAAGAAGAAAAAGAAGAAGUCUUUGUAUAGUGCAGGUGUUAGUGAAGCUGAAGAGAUCCUGACAUAUGAAGAGGUGACCAGGUACUAUCCGCAGCCAAAUCAUAAACGGCCCAUAGUGUUGAUUGGACCUCCUGAUGUUGGUCGCCAGGAGCUUCGGAAUCGUUUGAUGCAGUGGGACUGUGACAGAUUUGCCUUUGCUGUCCCACACACCAGUCGUGCCCCAGAACCUGGAGAGCAGCCUGGGAAGGAAUACCAUUUCAUCACACGCUCAGUAUUUGAGGCCGACAUUUUGAGUGGCAAGUUUUUAGAGUAUGGGGAAUAUCAGAACAACCUCUAUGGCACCAGCUUUCAGGCUGUGAGGCAGGUCAUCAAUGAGGGCAAGCAGUGCAUCUUGAAUCUAGAGCCAGAGUCAUUGAAAGUGUUGCGGAACACAGACCUCAAGCCAUAUGCAGUGUUCAUCUGUCCACCAAACUUAGAGAAACUUCAGCAGCUACAUCUGGAUCUUGGGAAACAUCGGCCGACGGAUGAGAAGCUGAAAGAAAUCAUAGAGAAGGGAAGAGAGAUGGAAGAAAUGUACGGUCAUCUCUUUGAUGUCAUCAUUGUUAACAUGGACAUUGAACGCACAUUUGAGGAACUGAAACAGGAAAUCUUUCGUAUUGACAACGAACCGCAAUGGGUGCCUUUACAUUGGCUUGACAACAGUAUCAUGUAAAAUGCCAGGUCUUUCAUUGUGAUCAUGAAAAUGGGCUGGGUUGCCCAUUUAGCAGCAUGAGAGAAGAUUUGAAAGUCUUCUGUUCAUAAUGUGGAAACUAAAAUUAUGAAGGGGCCAGUUCACAGUCAUGCCACAUGUGUCUCCAUUUAUCUGAUCACCACUUGGUAACUGCUUCUUAUAACCAGUGUUGUAAGUACAAGAUGAUGCAAACUUCUGAAUAAUUAAAUCAAAAUAGAGCCGUAUAAUCAGGAGCUACCAGUUUUCAUCAGGUCAGGACUGUGUGUAAUUGUUGGCAUCUGCAGAAAUGGAUCAUUUUCAGUUGCAAGUUUUUCAUUUGGAGUGUUGCCUCUUGGAUCUACUGUUUUAUUCCAGUGGAUGUUUCGCCAACUGAAUAUUCAUUGGCACAGCGAUCUACAUAUUUUACACAAGCACUGUGUCGCAAUAUUUGAGCACACAGGAAGUGUAGCAAUCUGUGUUGUGUUUUGUGAUGGUAUUUGUAGAAAUUAUUAAAAUUUUAAAAAAACUUAAGUAUCAUGUUAUCUAAAGGGGAAAACAGUUAUCUGCAGCGGCAUGAAUCAGGAGGAACACAUCUAGCAAGGAAGUGAGACCUAAAGAAAAAAAAAAAGCAAAUAAUAUGGAAGGUCUUCUGCGCUGGGCUUCCUCAGUGGCUGCAUUCAAACGAACAGAUGAGCCACUGUCACUAUAAAGUAGCCUUUAUUUAUGUAACCAAGAAUGCUUCCAUUGAAAAUUUUAUUAUUUUGCAUAAAAAUUCCAUGCUCCCAAUUUCUUUCAUGAAUUCAUUCCAUGGGAUACUUUCUAUGUAUGCAGCAACAGUUACUGAUGUUUUCAUUGCAUGCAAAGUUUACAACACAUGCUUUCACAGCAUGUGCCGUUCUGUUCUUUCCUCUGCUGGGGAGUUUGUUUUUAAUUUGCUCCUCUGUUUUUAUUUUUUAAAUUCUGCUCUCUUAUUAUAUAAAUAAACAGAUUUUUAAAGAUAAAAGCAAGACAUAAUUUGAUUAAAAGUUGGCUGCAUGGAACAGGAAGCACUGCAAAAGAAUUUUUGGAAAGUUGGAAAAAUUGUUUAAGCAGCAUUUUAGCCACAGUAGAUUGACCCAUACAAAUGUAGCUUCAUUGUCGUAGCCUUAUAUUUUACUCUUCAUUUAAUUUCUUGAACCAUCCUAGGCCUUGAGGUACACAUUUCCCUAUACAAGACUAUGUGUGCUUGGCAAGACCAGGACAUAUUCAAGCCAUAGCAGUGUACAGAUUUUUCCCAAGGCCAUUUUAAAGAGAAAGUUUAAAAUAAAUAUGCCCACAUUAUAUGCACAAAUUAACACCGUGAACACUUGAAAUAGCAGUUUAUUGGCUUUGUAUUUGUAACUGUGCACAGCAAUUUUUAUAUUGAGAGGUUGUGCUUUAUUUAGAACUCGCAUUUUUUGUUCAUAGAUCAUUCUGUUAUCUCUAAUGUACAAAAAUUGACAGCCUUUUUAGGGUCUGUGACUGUUGCAUAACUGCUGUGGCAUUUCUUUGCUAUUUAACUGAAACAAAUCACUUGAUAUUUAGCAUUUGUUUCUUCUUUUUUAAAAAAUUCUGAAAGUCAUAUUGGUCGAAACAGCAGAAUUGGAAAUGCUGAAUAGCCUAUUGAAUUAACUUUUCCAGAAUACUUUGCUUUAAACUAAACAAAAAAACGACAUUCUCACCUGAAACUAUGUGAGUUUGUGCAGUGUCCCAGUGUUAACACUCAGAAAAUGUCAAGCAGCCAUGAUAAAUUAGCUUGUACCUGGUCAGCAUGCAUUAAAAAGAGAGUGCAGAGAACAUUUUGUCACGCUGACAUUACUUUGCAAAGUAGACACAGUUCAGUUAUUUGGGUGUGGAAUCAGAAGUCAGAUUAAUGUGAUAGACUUAAUGAUUUGUGUAUGUGGAUGUGCAUAUAUAUCAGAAAUAUUAGAGGUUGUGUAUGUUUGAAUGCACAUGUGCAAGGAUGAGAUUGAAAUGGCACUUCUUUACACAAGUGAUAUUAUUAGUAUGUACCAGAGAUGUGUGUAUUUUGGUUAAAAGCAAAAUCUCUUCAAAGCCCUACUCUUCAUAAUUUUUGGUUGCAUUUUAAAUGGUGUGAUACUUUAUUGUACAAAAAAACUUUUUUUCCCUUCUGUUAAAUUUGUCAAUUCAGUGGCAAAAUUAUGUUUGUGAAAUGUGCAUCCUUUUAUUGGGUAAAUCUUUCCAGGUUUCUCAAUAUUUUUGUAUGCACUGAAGACUGAUUGGUUGUGAAUGGUGGCUCUGUUGGUAUUUUUUCUUUAAAUUGUAGUGGGAUUUUUCCUGCAUCUUUUCAUGUGUACCUAGCUGAUAUCUCUCAUAAUCAAACAGCUGUGUUGCUGUUUGGUUAUGGUGGACUUUUUACAGUGUGCUAUUGAUGUUGCUUAUGCUUUAAACAAAGGACUGUCAUUCAUUUUGUUGUUUCAUUUCUAUUUCAGCUUUUGUGGCUGGAUUCUGUUAGCUACAUUAGAGGGACUUAAUUUUAAAAUAAAAAUACUAUUAACACUGCACAGUGGGACUGACAUGUUGAAAAUGCUCUCAGAGGGGAUUUGUUUUAAUAUAAGAACACUAACUAUUAGCACAGCACAGAAUGCCUGACAUACUAAAUGAAGGUUGUUAAUUGACAUGUCCACUUUACAGGUUGGAAAACAUUAAAAAAAGAAAUUGGAUUGUUUGGAGAGGGGUGGGUGUGGGAUAGUUUUUCCUCUUCAAAAUGUACUGACAUAACCAGACAUUAAGCUUUUUCAUUUAUUCAUGGCUCAUGAUAAAGAUGGUAACCUGGAAAUGUGCCAAGAAAACAUUUGAUUAAUUUGCAAUAAAGUUACAAGGUGGCAGGUGUUUAAAAGAAUGGAGUUGAACUCAUUAUGUCCGAGGGCAGGCAGUGUUUGCUGCUAGAAGAACAGUGGAAAGGGAGAUGAAAGGAAAGGGCUGGACAUGGGGUCACCUAGAGCGGGUUUCAGUCGAUCGACAUCGGUGGCGGACUCUGGUUGAGGCCUUAUGUGCAACCUGAUGCACGAAGAGGAUUAGAUAGUGUUUGCUGCCUCCUUCAUCUGAUCACCUGCACACAUUAGAUUUAGCAGCUUACUGGCAUCAUCUUCAUCUAAAUAAUGCUGCUGAUAACCACAGAAUAGGACUUUAGGGUUGUCCGUGUCCAUGUUCGAUCUGUUGAUUUAGUUUGAGUUGUUUUUAAUCAACAUCCUUGAAAACAUUUGUCCUGCUGCUACUUUAUAUUACUGGCCAUUCUCCAUCACAGACCUCUCUAAGCAGCCACAGCAUGUGUGUUUAUGAAAAGCAUUUCAUAAAUUUAAUAUUUUUUCAUACAAAAUGCUUAAAAAAAAGUAAAAUGAUGAGUCUAAAUACAAAUACUUAUACUCAGUUUUGAAGUGCAUAACAUGUCAAGAUGUCAAAUUAUGGCUACGCUUGUUGCUUUAAUUAUUGUGGAAAAUGUCAUUAAAAAAUAGGAGAAAAAUUCUUUUAAAAGAUUUUACCAAUUAGGUAAGAAGACAAGGCACAUAAGCAUGCAGAUGUUGGCUUCCUUUCCGGCUUUUUCAUGAAAAUGAAUCUGCUUUCUCUAUCUUCUUUGUGCUGGUUGAUAAGCAUCAUUUCUGAUGAAUUUUUUUUUUUUUUUUUUUGGUGGUGAUUAUGCAUAUUUGCAGAAGUAAAACGGGUUUAUUUGAGGCUUGGAGCUUCAAUGUGAAAGAAUGUAUAUGCUGUCUUGCAAAGAUUCUGUAGACUGUGGUAAUAUUCUUUACCCACACACCCAAGCCUUUGAGCAUUCCACAAAUCGUAUCAUGAAAGUAGAAGACUGGGUCCUUUGUCCAGCAAUAUUUGUUAAAAAUUGUGUCCUUUGGGUUGAUUUCAUUAAUUGGUUAAAUUAUGAAAUACCAUUUUUUAGUCAUUCCAUUAUUUCAGUAAUGUUUGUAUUAUGCAUAUUUGCAAGAAUCAGUUUGAGAGGGUGAUAAUGCACAGGACAGACAACUGCUUGCAGUUUAAAAAGCCCCCAAACUGGAUUACUGCUCUGUACAUAGACAAUAUGCAGGAAUGUAGAGCAUUUGGACAAAGUAUUCAAAAAUAUUGUGUAAAUAAUGAAACAGGAGCCUACAACUUUUUAUUGUAUAUAUAUAUACACAAUAUCUACUUAUAUAAACACUGAUAACUUCCAUUUUGCCAUUUAUAUGAAAUGCAAACAUGUAAUCAUUUUAUACAAAUAAAACUAUUUAUACUGCAUCUGCA